GUAAACUGAUGCGACGAACAGACCCAGAGUAAACCCAGCAAGACUGCGCUUCACCUGACGCACCGCCGAGCUACGGCGCAAACGCGAUAUUUUCCUACCGAGAGACUUUAAAAAAGGUUUCUUUGGAGUCAUCCUGAAGAGAAAGGAAUGAUAUUGUGUAGUAGUGAAGAAGAAACCAUCAAUGGAGUGUGUCAGGGAAACCAGAUGUAAAACACCCCACUCAACUUUGGAGCAGGUGUGUAAGCGUAUUCUGCCACCUGGAGUUCAUAGGUUCCUGUUCGGCCCGCUGUCAGAGUUUCCUGUGGUCAGACGUCUCACGGGCGCUGUGUUUGGAGCUUUGAGUGGUGUGGGGUUGUUUUUCGGACUCAUGCACAAUAUUGCCAUGACACCAGUACAACGUGUUGUUGUUGGAUGUGUGUUUGUAGGUCUGUGUAGUCUUGGAGGCAUGUUUUCCUCAUUGUUCCGCUGCUCUGUCCUCCUGAUGUUUCCUAGUAUGAUUGGAUCUCAAGGUCGGACAUUCCUGAUGGUUUUUGUGCUUCAUGGACUUUACCAAGGCCCCAUUGCAAACAUCCAGCAUAAUGUGCAGGAUGUGGCCUCCUCCAUGGGCUGUAACAUAGACCUGCAGAUCACACACAGCAAGGUGAUGUGGAGAAUGCUGACCGAGCCUUACGUGCAAGUAGUGCAGGAGAUAGUGAAUGACAGUGAGGAAUUUCAAAAAGAGUCUCAAAAUGUGAGCAAAAAGUUCCAGAAGAUUCGGGAUGAGGUGAUGGGUCGAUACGGAUAUGACUCUCUUGGUAAGGAGUCCGUCCAUACGGCCAACAGCACUCAGGAGGAAUAUGUAACGAAAACGAGAGCACGCUGCGACUAUGUGGUGCAGCAGGGAAUUAGCCGAUGUCAGGAUUGGUUCAGCAAUAAGUGGGAAGAGUGUAUGAAUACCAUUCAAGCCCCUCUUAUAAACAACUUCCUCUGCAUACCUAUGCAGUUCCACUUUCUGUGUGAUAUCAUGAGAGUGAUGACAACAUGGUGCACAGAGAAGAUCCCUGUUGAGGGAAACUUUGGUCAGACCUUCGACAAACUAAAUGACUCCAUCAACAGGCUUGCAGAACACUUCACCACCAAUGUAGUGCUUAAGAAUUUGGAGCAGCAGUCAGUGUUUGGAGUGAACGUCCUCCAGAAUUUCUCUAAGGAGCUGAGCCGUGUGUUUCAGGAGAAAACAGUAAUCGCUGAGAAGAUAGCUGGGGUGAUUAACUUCCUUCUCUCAUUCACCUUCAUCACGGUGUUCACCUCAGCAUUUGGAUAUGUUCGUCUAUUUUGCAGAGACAUUCACUUUGACAAUGUCUACAUAACUACUUACUUCAGACAGAUUGAUGCACGCAGAAGUAGAGCUGGGAAGAGGCAUUUGCUGCCACUGAAGAAAGUAGAGCAAGAGAGUUUGAUCAACCCAUGGAGCUUAUCUAUCCACCCAAGCGAGCUCAUGCCUGUGAUUGUGGGCUUCCUGCAAGUUGCAUCUCUGGCUCUGUUUGUGUGUGUUCUGCUGGCUGUUGAUGGAAUCCUGUACAACAUCUUUGACCUCAUCCGAAGACACACUUUCACCACAUACUCAGUUACUAGUGUUCAUCAUGCAGACAUUGUAAUCGGUGGAGAUUCCAUGUUAGCCAGACUUCUGCGGAAAACCAUUGGUGCCUUUAACACCUCCUCCAAUCUUGACGUGCAAUCAAGUAACUUGCAUUGUUUGCCCCAGCCACAUGCUCUGAGCCAAUCAAACUACUUGUGGAUCUUCACCCCCCUUUUACUGAUGUGCCUCAUGUGCUGCCUGCAGGUAUACACCAAUCGUCUACGCAGGGUCAUCACUGCCUUCUACUUUCCAAAGAGAGAAAAGAAACGGAUCCUCUUCCUCUACAACCUACAGAUCCAGAAACGAAUCUCCUUCAUCAACAGACAACGUCACCUGCUGAGAAAUCAAAAACAGACAUUUAUAACGGUGCUGUCGGUUCUGUUGGCCCUUCUGAAGCGUGUGGGCUGUAGGUUGCACUGGUGCUGGGUGUGUAAUAGGUUUGUGAGGCAGAACCAGGCUGUGGAGUGCAGUUCUGUAGGCUGCACAGUGAUCUAUUGUCAGCAGUGCUGGACAGACCUGGACAACAUCUGCUACGCCUGCUUGCCUCAUAAGCAGUGUGGACCUCAAGAUAACAGCUCUGAUUCUGAUGUGUACUAUGGCUGCUGAUGAACUUCACUCCACCUUCAAAGUUCAGCUACUAACAUGUAAAGUUUUCUUAGUCCCAAACUGCAUUAAUGGCUGAAACAAAAACAAAAAAAAUCAACACGUGUCUUCUCUGGACAAUUAAAGUGGCUUUGCUAAAGUGUAAACAACUGGAAUUGGUUAAAUCACAUUUAUUUUACCCAGAAAUGACUUUCAUGGUGUCCCCUGCGUCUGAAACUACAUUGGCUACUUCCUUUACUAUAUAGAAUAUAAAAAGCAUUAAGCGUGACGAGUAUAAACGAAUCCUAUUCAUCAAAUGGUAGGCUAUGUGAGAAAUACCCGGAUGAUAAUUCUACCAAGAUUUUUUGCACUUUUUUUUUUUUUUUUACACGAAUAUACUUCUUUAAACGGUAGUGAAGUAAGCUCUUUAUCAAAUAUACUCAGACAGUAUGUCAUGUCAGACACAGCUGUCAACUUGUUAAAUGAUUAUUUGUCAGUAAUUUUCGUAAUUUUUUUUUUUUGCGCAGUGGACUUUUUGGCGGAGCAAAAGGCCUAACGUCAUCUUGAAGUACGUUAAUCUUUUAAUUAAUCUUAAAGUUUGAAUAAAUUUUGUUUUUUGUUUUUUAGUUUUGACUAAAUAUAGUGGGGUUCACCGAUAGGUCUUAAAGGGUUAGUUCACCCAAAAAAUGAAAAUAAUGUCAUUUAUUACUCACCCUCAUGCCGUUCCACACCCGUAAGAC